UGACCCCGAUAUUCUGAACCGUGUUGCUUUUUUGGUGGUGGCCCGGGACCUUCUUGGACCGAUGAGCGUAUGCGCGCAUUCACGCAUAUCUUCACUCAUUCACGCACGCACGCACGCACACACACACACAAACAAAACACCACACAUCAUAUUCCGCGUCUGCAAACCAACGAACAGCGCAGACAGGUUUAGCUCUGCAAAAGGCUGUCUUGCAGACUACAGUCGAGAAGAGUUACGGAGUGUAGUCUAUUUAAGUCCCCUACGAUUUUGGGGGAAUGAAAAAAUAAAGAUUCUAUAAAGAGGAGCAGUGCAAUCAAUCGUGGAUCCUGGAUAUGGCAGGUGUGAAGACAUUCGACCUUGUUGUUGGAGUUGUUUUAGUUUUCCUGUCUCUUGGAAAUGCGUUUCAAGAGCCCGGACAGGACCCGACAAACGGGGACUCCUACUCCUACGUGCAAGGGCAGCCUCUGGCUAAGGAGGACAUGGCGGUUGAUGUGAAGCUGUACAGUCACCGGUGGAGGCGGUGGCUGUCCCCAGAACAGCCACGUAACAUGGACAGCAACAGGGCCAGCCAGGACCAGGAUCAGUUGGACCAAGAGCAGGGUCAGGAUCAGGGUCAAGACCAACCUGAUGGGGGUUUCCCAGGCCUGCUCUCAGCAGAGGACAGCCAGGACACUGACAACAGCUCCCAGAUAGAGGAGGACACCGAUCACAACUACUACACAUCAAAGACCUACGGCCCCACGGACCCCAUGAGCAAGGACUUGUGGGUAAACGUUGACCAGAUGGACAAGGAGAAGGUGAAGAUCCAUGGCAUCCUGUCCAACACUCACAGGCAAGCUGCGAGAGUUAAUCUUUCCUUCGAUUUUCCCUUCUAUGGACAUUUCCUGCGUGAUCUCACCGUGGCAACUGGUGGGUUCAUCUACACAGGGGAUGUGGUCCACAGAAUGCUGACGGCCACCCAGUACAUCGCCCCCCUCAUGGCCAACUUUGACCCUAGUGUCUCCAGGAACUCAACCGUCAUCUACUUCGACAAUGGCACUGCUCUGGUGGUCCAGUGGGAUCAUGUCCACCUGCAAGACAACUACAACCUGGGUAGCUUCACCUUCCAGGCCACACUGCACAGCGACGGCAGGAUUGUCUUCGCCUACAAAGAGAUUCCCAUGGAGGUGGCCCACAUCAGUUCCGUCAAUCACCCGGUGAAAGUGGGCCUCUCCGAUGCCUUUGUGGUGGUCCACAGGAUCCAGCAGAUACCCAAUGUUCGUCGGAGAACGAUCUAUGAGUACCAUCGUGUGGAACUGACCAAGACCAAAAUCACCAACUCUACAGCAGUGGAGAUGAUGCCUCUACCGACGUGUCUCCAGUUCACAAGCUGUGACAGCUGCAUCUCCUCCCAGAUCAACUUCAACUGCAGCUGGUGCCACCUCCUUCGCAGGUGUUCCAGUGGGUUUGACCGCCAUCGGCAGGACUGGGUUGAUAACAGCUGUCCUGAUGAGACCAAAGACAAAAGCUGUGAUAUCAUCAACACCACACAACUCUAUCCGUUCACCACCGCGCUAGUUGCCAAGACAACAGGCCAGAGCAGAAGCAGAGGAGAGACCACCACAGCCGGAGCCUCCUCGUCCACAUCCCACCCCCCAACCAGCGUCCCCACUGAAGAUGACACCAAGAUUGCUCUGCAUCUUAAAGACAAUGGAGCGAUGCCAAAGGAGAGUGCUGCAGAGAGGAAGGACACACACCCACCGCACACUAGCCUGAUCCUGGGCAUUCUCGUGGUCUUGCUCAUCAUGGCAGCCGCAGCCCUGGUCACUGUCUACAUCUACCACCACCCUACAUCAGCCGCAAGCCUCUUCUUCAUCGAGAGACGUCCCAGCAGGUGGCCGGCCAUGAAGUUCCGGCGAGGGUCCGGUCACCCGGCCUACGCGGAGGUGGAGCCCGUGGGCCAGGAGAAGGAGGGCUUCAUUGAGUCUGAGCAGUGCUAAGGGGCAUGCACCGCUCCCCCCCCCCCCCCCCCGAAUGCGACUGAUUGACGCUGGUCUCUUGUUUUGUCGAUUCAAACGCUCACUGUCAAUAUUGUGAAAGGAGAUGAGAAAUCCGUGGCGGUGUCACUUUGAAAUCCCAUGCUUUUUAUCUGGUGGUCUGAGAGUAGGCCUUGUGUUUGGUGGACUACUACGGUGAACCUUCAAACCUGGCUUGUUCAACAGAGAGCUGAUCUGAGAGCUGCUGAGGGAGGGUCACUGCCAGAGGGACUGUGCUGUGGGGAAACCUUAAACUGAUCUCAAGUCAGUUCUUCGUCCAAGCCCAAAGUCUUCGAACACUUCACACUCACGGUGGUGAACGUGACUGACUUCUCGGGGACAGAGGGAAAGUUACGGUGUCAUUGAGUGGGUUGUACAGUGUGACUGCCCUACACUGGUGGUGUGUGAUGUGAGGGGGGAGUAGUAGGAAGAAUUAUACAGUAUAUUUUUCAGAAAGAAUACAGAGUAUGUGAACAGAGAUCUUGGCUUUAAAUGUUGGUGAGGCUGUAUAGGCCUUUAUAUAUCCUUUGGGGUUUUUGCUAAUUUACUGUUCAUGUUUUUUCUGUUGCUUUUUUUUAACUGGGGUUUUAUUAUUCCUAAUCAGUGAGGGGAUUUUGUCUUGCUUUCCACUACCAUAAUAAGGCUUCUUUACCGUAGCUUUUACUCCAUAGCAUGGUUCAAUAGUGUGAUAUGCUCCUGCUACUGCCACUCAUCCCACCAAGGAGUAGCAGACUUUUGUUGGUAUCUCCUUUUUACAUAAAGUUUGUUCGAAUUUUUUUUUUUUUUUAUGUUUGUUUUUUUACAUUGAUUUCAGUACUGCCGUGCCAUUCUUUCCCUGACUGGAGAUUGCUCAACAUUCUUUGCACAAAGUUUUUCAUGCACUUACAUCUUUAUUUCAUUUGGUACAAUUGCAAAAUUGCCAGACAGGCGCUUUGUGAGUGUGUGUGGCUGUGUGUAUGCAUGGUCUAAAUGUGAGUGAGCGCGUGUGUGUGUGUCUCUGUGUGCGUGUAUGUUUGUGCGCGCAUGUUUGUGUGGUUUUUGUGUGAUGGGAUAUCAGCCUGCUUGUAGGUGGGUCAGUUUGAGCUGGUUCUGUGUAAUUGAUACUGAGUGGUUGACCGGAGGUAUUUUACAUCAUUUAUUAUAAGUUUGGGACAUACCUGGCUUGAGUAUACCUAGGUUUUGAUUUUAUGUAUACAAUGUGGUUUUCAAGUAGUUUGACCCAGGGGCGUCAAUUGGGUAUGGCAGUCCCCAUACCCUAGCUCAAUACUAACCAUUUAAAAUAGGCUACUAAAAUCAUUCCAAUCCCGAUUUAAAAGACAAAUGCAGUUUAGCAGUAUUAGCGGGGUGGCUUUAGGAGCAAACAUCCCUCGGAGCGGGAUGGUGAACAGCACAACAUUUAUUUUAAAACAGUGUAGAGGUAGAAGAUUGCUGUAGAUGGCUAGGAUGCUAGGUAACUGCCGUUUGACUUGGAAUGAAAUUAAACUAGAGUUUUUAAUCCCAGUUCUGAGCUAGGGCGUCGCAGCUAAUUGCUGUAUGACGUGUUUGAGGUGAAUGAAGCUACAGCAGCUGAGGUGAUGAUGGCUGGAGUCAAUUUCGUUUUUGCUGUUCUCCAAAUAGCAUUUCUUACUUUUUAAAUUGUGUAGAAAUGCAUUAAAUAAGUUCGAUCCCGGGCUAUAUCACAACCAUCCAUGAUAGGGAGUCCCAUAGGGUGGCGAACAAUUGGCCCAGCGCCGUCCGGGUUAGGGGAGGGUUUGCCUGGGGUAGGCCGUCAUUGUAAAUAAGAAUUUGUUCUUAACGGACUUGCCUAGUUAAAUAACAUUUUAAAAAGCUGAAAUGAUGCCCCUGGUUUGACCUGCUGCUGAAUCUGAUCUUGUACAGGACUGGAGAAUAUGCGUUACUGUUCUAUGGAGUUAGAAAUCUGCCAAAACGUUAAACGAAUGUAACAUUAGAAUCGUAAAUAACUUUGUGGAGAUUUUUGGCAGAUAUCUAACCCCAUACUGUUCCAGCUCUUGUUCUAUAUUAAUGGAUGGCUAGUCCAUGUCAUUUAACCCUAGCAUAGCAUAGUGCCUUCACAAAGCAUUCACACGCCUUGACUUUUUCCACAUUUUGUUGUGUUACAGCCUAAAUUUUAAAUGGAUUAAAUUGAGAUUUUGUGUCACUGGCCUACACACAA